AAACGACUCAUACAUUCUUGCCAAUUCGCCAGAAUUUUUAAAAUCGAUUGAAUUUUCUGGGAAACGAAGAUUAAAGUUAAAGGAUGAUGCUGUUCCAACAGAAAAUAAACCAUUGGAUGGAACGAGUGAAGAACAAAAUGUGAAAAGAUCAGUUGGAACUCUGUCAAGACGAAGGGUAGGCUAUACGUUUUAAUAUUUAAUUAUAAGCACGCGUCUAUCAAUGUUUAUACGUUUAAAACUGUUUUGUUUUCUCUCAAAGGCUUAGACAAAUAUAUAUGUUUUUAGCUGCAAUCAUAUAUUGUGUUAAAAAUAAAUAUUGUUUUCUUACUAGGAAGUUGAAGAUAUACUCAAUGCAGACACGGUUGCUGAAAAUGCCAAUGUUAUUUGUGAACAACCAAUCCACUCAGAGAGUCAUGAAGAAAUCCUAACAGUAACACGCAAUGAAACAAUUUGCGAAAGUUUCAUGCCCCAGGAACCAGUGACAGUAACGAUUAAAUCAUCUUACACCCAGACCGACGAACAGUUCGUAAAUCAGUGGCCAAAAAAAAAUAAGAUGACUCAAACAUGCAAACUUCCAGCUACUGUUACAAGUAAUAAGACAAAGACAACGUCAAAAAAAACUCAAACCUAUUUAACAAAUGAGUGUUUAUUGCAAUAUAUUGCCGCUGCGAAGCCCAAAGUACUAGUUUGUUCUUCCACACAGACAGCUCUGAUUGAAAAUGAACUUGUACCCAACACAUCCCAACCAGAAUUAGAUUCAGACCCGAUUGACAAACACUCAUCCUCAGACGAAGAGUAUCAGUCAGAUGAAAGCGAUCUCGAAAGUGACGAAGGAAUUAACGGCGAUAGAGGCGAGUUAAUAACGCUGUCUAGCAACAAGCUCCCACAUGAUCAAAUGAAGUUUAUUGUAUUCGAACAGUCAAUUGUUAAAAGGUUCGGGGUCUGUUCGACAUGUAGAUCUACUUGCACUGUAUCACUACAACGCAACAUUGGAACAUAUUGCAAGAUAGCUUUGCAUUGUAGUGCUGAUUCUUCCCAUAGUUUUACUUGGUCGACAGGUCCUUUACGCAAUCGAUUGCCCGUCUUACAUUUGAUGAUCGCUUCAAGUGUUCUAUGUACAGGCAUGGAAUGUGCAAAAGCGCUUAGAUUAUUCGAUUUCUUAAAAAUUAUGUGCUUCAAGAGAAGGGAGUUCUCCAAUCUUCUGACCGGCUAUGUUAUCCCAGCUGUUUUCAACGUCUGGAAAAGGCAGCAGCAGUGUUUGCUAAAUAGCAUUAAGGACAACCCAAUUUGUAUUGCGUCUGACAUGCGAGUGGACAGUCCUGGGCACAGUGGACUGUUCGGCUCAGGGAGUAGCUUAGAUGUUGACAGAAAUAUAAUUCUGGACACUCAAGUUAUUAAGGUAAUUGAAGAAAUAUACAAUCUAUCUGAAAUUGACACCUAGACUCCUAGAUUUAAUUAAGCCUGCAUGCAUGUUUCCAUAAUUAUGGUCGUAAAGAUUGAGUCAAGAUCUUUCUCAUCAGCUGAUACCUCGCGAAAUACAACAUUUUAGAACUGAGAACUGCGCAGUGAUUAUAACUAGACAAUUACUUAUUAUUUAUAUGUGGUUUACCCGUAUAAACUAUUAUAAACUGGCACUUUUAGAAAGAUCGUAACUUUAUUUUUACGACCAUUAUGAAUGUUAAUUAAUGUAGAGCACCGAAGUAAAGAAUUCGAAUGCGAUGGAACUGGAGUCCCUAAAACGACAAACGGCGUAUUUGGAGCAAUCUGACGUAAACGUGAAAAAGCUGGUCACAGAUAGGCAUUCUCAGGUUUCGUCUUACCUCGCACAAGAAAAGCCGGAUAUUGAACACGCAUACGACGUUUGGCAUGUAGCGAAAGGUAUUGUACUGUUUACUGUAUACAAAAUCACAAGAAAUAAACUUACUAUAAUAGGACUUACUGUGCGCGAUAUGAAAUUGACUAGAAAGCGUGAGUGCUUGUAUUAAAGUCGUAAACAACGUAAUUAAUAAAUACCAUUACAUAAUUUAUAGUUCUAAUUACGAAUCAGUUAUUACUGUAACAUACCGUAUUGAAUUGUAAUACUGAAAUACCUCGGCAAACUUGAGUAUUGUGAAUUUGUAAAACGAAUACAGCAUUGCAUUUUAAAGAUUUGAAAUGUACGACUUGAAAUGUACAACGUUUUGAAAUGUACAACUUUUCGGCAUGUGAGAAAUAAAUGAAUCAAUUGGCCGUGACUAACAUUCCGCUUUCGUUUAUUGGGCAAAUAAAUGGGGAUUUUCCCAGUGUAGGACACCAGCCGGGUAAAAUUACUAGCUAUAAUAUUACUUGUACAAAUCACUUAUUGUACAUGCUGAUGCAUUUUUUUAGGAGAAAAAAAACGGUUGCUGAAGGUUGUGAAAAUAAAGAAGUUUCGAAAAUUAAAGCCUUGGAUUGGCGUAAGUGUCUAAAAGGGAUGUUUAAAUAUUUUUGACAAUUUACUUGGUGUAGCACACUCAAGCCGCACUUGCUCUCUUCUUGAGUUGCUUUUCUUAUUAUUAUUCAGCUGUUAUUCCUUAAGUUACAGUAGAUAACAACUGUAAUUCUUUAGAACUUUACAGAUAUUCUCAAAAGCCUUUUAAGGCGAAUGUUUAACGUUCAAUUUCAGUUCUAGAAUACUAUCUUAAAACAUGGCGGUGUUGAUGAAUGGAAACGCACGUAGUCGUAGCCCACUUGUUUAAAUUGUUGUGCGCAAUUAGUAAAUUACUGUUUUCUAUAGUCUAUCAUCAACCUAAUGUAUUGGGUGGCCAUUUCAAGCCAAUCACCUGUUGAAAGGGAGGAAAAGUGGCUAAGUUUGCUGAAUCAUAUUGUGGAUGUGCAUGUCCACAAUGAGAAUAAGUUGUUUAUGAAGUGUACCCACGAAACAAUAGAAAGGCAAUGGUUACAAACAGGUAGUAUGACUUACAUGAUAUAUUAAUAUAUAUAUAAGGUCUAUGGCCUUUUCCAGCAUCAAUAGUACCGGAAUUUGAAAAAAAAACCCAGCCGAAGAACAUAUGUUAAUUACAGCCAGAUUCAAGACAUCGAAAUAGGGCGAACUUGUAUGUAUAUAUAUUAACAAGCGAUACUACCGAUAUUUGUAUAGGAUCGGCGAUUUAUAAGAAGUUGAUCGAGAUUAUCACUAGACCAAGACUACUCACAGCCAUACGAAAAUUAUCAAAUUAUCAUCAGACGUCCGGACUAGAAGCAAAACACUCACUCGACAACACAUUUGCGUCGAAGAAUGUAUACUACCCUUACCACUCACUCAUGGCCAGGUUCGUAGCUUUGUACCCCAGCCUUAUUCAUUCCUAUUUUGUUACUGCGUAGCAUAAGGAAUUUUACAUAGUACUAACCUCGGUCUUACAAAAUUAAUGUUAUUUACUUCCCAAAUUAGGUUGUUCUGCUCCAAUCUACAUUAUAAUGAAAACGCGAAUAGGAGCCAAGCAACUACAGCUGAAGGGGUCAGUCGGUGGUCAAUUGUUUACCCAAAAGCUAACAAAGGGGAGAAGGCUGUGGCUAAACCUUUAAAAGAACAACCGACCUACAGUAAGUGCAACCCUGGUGCAACCACACACAACACGAAAUAAUCAUAUUUGGCAUGCUAUUUUUUAGUUUACUUGACAUAAAACUAUCAUGUAUUACAUAAUUGAUCAUAUCAAUUGAUGUAUAUUAUACAAAGGCUGUACAUAAAAUGUUUAAUAUGAAAACAGUUUAACCUGUAUUUAUUUUAUAAUAGAAUAUAUACAGACCAUUCAAGAAGAAUGCCUCAAGCUCCGAAACGACUUUAGCACCCUCAAGAAAGCAAUAAGCCAUUCCAAAGAACUCCUUCCGGAAGAACCCGUCACUCUAGUGGAAAAGUAUCUAGAUGGUAAACAACCAAAGCCAAAAUCCGAUAUUGUGGCGGCCAAGCACAGUCGAUUUACUCAGCCAGCUUUGCCAGGCGUAGACGAAGACCAUUGCGAUUGUUCGGGAAAAUGCGCCACAAGACGAUGCAAAUGUAAAAAUGAACUUCGCAAGUGUAAGUCUGCUUGCGGUUGUAAAAAAGAGGCUUGUAAGAACGUUUAGUUAUAAAGUAA